AUGUCUAGCUGCACCAACUGCAGCGGCACCUCUCUUUUCCGCGAUGACGACACCGGUGGACUGUUCUGUUCCUCCUGCGGCGCUGUUCAACCCUUCGACCAAUACGAAUCCUUCUUCAACGGCAUCAACGGCCCACAAGGAACCUUCGUCCACAUCGGAACCUCAGGUUCAGGUAACAUCUACUCUUACAAAGAGAGAAAACUAUUCGCCGCGCGUAAUUCCAUUGAAGAGUUCACAAAUAGGUUAGGGUUAUCUUCCAAAACAAUGGAAAUCAAAACCAUGAUUUCCGAUAUUACCGAAGGCGAAUUCGGUCAGGGAAACUGGUUUCAGGUUCUGAUUGGGGCCUGUUGUUAUGUGGUUAUGCGGAAGGGUGGUCGAUCUUUACCUAUGGCGGAAAUUGCUAAUGCUCUUGAUUGUGAUGUUUAUGAGCUUGGAAAAAUGAUUGUUAGGGUUAUUGAUUUUUUGGAUUUGAGAGGGAAUGAGUUUCCGGAGUUUGAUAUUGUGUAUUCAUUGGAAAGGACUAUUAAUAGUUCUUGUUGUUUUGAUGAUGUUGAUAGGAGUUUGGUUGAUAAAAUGAAGAAGCAGGGGGUGUUUUUGUUGCAGUGUGCUGUGAAGUUGUUCUUGAGUACUGGUCGUAGGCCGCUUCCUUUGGUUGUUGCGAUUUUGGUUUUGGUUGCUGAGAUUAACCAGGUUGAAAUUCUUAUCGAGGAUUUGGCUAAGGAGGUUCAUGUCGUUGUUUCCACUUGCAGAACUAGGUAUAAAGAGCUUCUUGAGACGCUUGUGAAUGUUGCUCAAGUGUUGCCUUGGGGGAAAGAUAUAACUAAGAAGAAUAUUGUUAAGAAUGCUCCGAUUGUGAUUCAGUAUAUGGAGAAGAAGUCUAUGUCAAAACCUGUUGAGAAGAGGAAGGAUGUUGAUCAAACUAGGUUUGAUUUGGAAGAUGUGGUUGCUGAGUGCUUGGCUCAAGAGAAUGGAUAUGAGUAUGGGGUUGAAGGAUUAGUUUCGCAAAAAGAUUCUCAGUAUCUUUCAUUGCAAGGUAAUGCGGAUAGAGAAGGCAUCAGGGAUGUUGAUAUGCUGCAGAUUUCACCUGAAUGUUUAUCAUUGAUGUAUGAGAAGUUUUUAAAUGACAAUCGUGGUGCUAUGUUGUCAAGGAGUGCAAAUGUUCAGAAACGGAGAAGGGUGGAAUUUGAUUUUCACGAGUGUAGGGAGUGGUGGGAUGGAGAAUCAGAACUGAGCAGAAAGGUUAUACUGAGAAAGUUACUAGAGAAGGAUAUUGGGGCGGAAAUCAUGCCACCAUCAUUUGUUAAUGGUCAAUUGAAAUGUAAAAUAAGGCGAGAGAGGAUAAAGGCUGCAAGAAAGCGAAUAAAAAGAAUAACUCAUCCAUUACACGCUGAUCUUGAUGAGACUGUAACUCCUGGCAUUUUAGAUAGCACUUGCACUGAGAAAAGGAAGAAGAGAAGAGGGGUGGUAGUUGAUGGUAUUGAUUGGGAAGAUUUGAUUAUUGAGACACUUAUUCUUCAUCAAGUAAAGGAAGAAGAAAUUGAGAAGGGGCAUUACAAUACCUUACUAGGCCUACACGUGUUUAACCCCGGCGUUGCAUAA